AUGUCAGUGACCCAUUUUUGUCUUGUUUUUUUUUCAUUGGACUUAAUUCGAUUAGACUCAGUUUUUGGUAAAAGUUAUGAAGAAAUUCUAGCGAAUCAUUUAAUCAAUCAACCUAAUUUAUGGUUGCAACCAUCUGCAUGUCCUCAUAUUUGUCAGAAGCCUCUUCUUGUUAAUCUAACAUAUAAUCUUAUACAAGUAGUAAAGUUGUCGCAUUCAGAUGAAACACUUAUAAUAUCUGGAUGGUUUACAAUAAGGUGGAUGGAUUAUCGUCUGAAGUGGAAACCACGAGAUUUUGGCGAUUUACAAAAUAUACUGAUUUUUAAGAGCAAACAAUUAUGGAGACCUGAUUUAGCAUUCGGAAACCGUAAAAAGAACGGGCUGUUUGAUUUGGCUUCGGGCAAUAAUGCAUCGCGUUUGAUGGUUGAGUCCGACGGUUACGUAACAUGGUUACAUGGUUCAGUUUUAGAACUAUCUUGCCCUCUUGAUAUGACUAAAUUACCAUUUGACAGACAAAAAUGUUAUUUGGUUUUGACUACACUAUAUAGUACAAUCAAACAAUUAGAAAUCAAUCUAAAAAUCGAUCAUUUAAGUAUUGAUAACAGUUUUAUGCCCAACGCUAAUCAUAGUGAAUGGAUAAUUGAGGAAAUUGGUUAUCAUUCUUCUGUAUACUUGAGGCAAACUAACUCAAAAUAUCAAUAUUUGGUAAUAUCUAUUAAACUGAAACAUGAACCCUUGUACUUUGUUACAUUUGUUGUCGCACCAUUCACAUUGAUUUCAACGUUAACAUGUUCAAUAUUUACAUUGAGUUACCCAAGUGAUCGGUUAGCUACUGCAUUAUCAUUAUUCUUUGGUGCAACUGUAUAUGUUAUUACUGUGUCAUCAAACACACCUCGAUCUGUGAGCCAGAUACCACUUUUAGGAAUUUAUAUAUUGAAUCAGUUAGGUUUCAUGGGUUUGGCGACUAUCGUCGCUGUUGUGAAUAAUCAUUUUGCUCAAUGGAACAGUCGUCUAGUAUGCUUCGUGAGACCUUUUAAAAAGGAAUAUUCAACAAAAAAGCAAAAGAUCAUGCUUUGCAAAGAGUCUUCGAUUAAAAAAUCAGUCUUCUGUAAACUUUGUGAUCGUAAUAAUUGUCGUCGUCAAUAUCGACAACAACUAAUUUACUAUCCUCCUACAGAUUAUCAUGAAAAUUUGGCGUCACAAUAUGAUACUGAUUUUUUACUGACCAGUAGUAUAAAAGGAUAUAAUCAUUACUAUUUGACAUCCUUGAUAGAUUUAUUAAGUAUACUGAUCUACCUAACAUUGUCCACAUGGAACUGGAUUUAUUGUUUUUAUGUAUUGCCUAAUUAA